AUGCUUUCCAAACCGUGGUCUUUCCAAACCGUAGUCUUUCCAAACCGUGGUCUUUCCAAACCGUGGUCUUUCAAAACCGUGGUCUUUCAAAACCGUGAUCUUUCCAAACCGUAA